UCGAAAGACAGGUGAAGUAGUUUGAUGGGAAAACCACACCUUUUUCUCUUACUCAUGUCAACAGCUACACUCUUGAAGAAACUCAAGAGUUUAGAUCGGAAUGCAGUUCAGGUAUCAUUUCAAUGCUGAUGCCAUGUUUGUAAGGAAACCCCCGCAGCCGGAAGCGACGAAUGUGACUGCAGCUCUUGCUGCCGAGCCUAAAGAACCUCAGGAACUUGCGGGAGCGGCAGCAAAUGACUCGGCAGAAGCCCCUCAAGCCGAUGCUCCUCCGGCAGAAGCUCCGGCAGAAGCUCCUCCAGCAGACGCUCCAGCACAGGCUCCGGCAGAGGCUCCAUCAGACCCUCCAGCAGAAGCUCCAGGUACCCCGAUAACGUUGACUGUAAGAUGCUUGACGCGCGUGUAGAUGCGAUGGAUGUCUCGACGGAGGGAGGUCAGGAGCUAUGCUCUCCUUUCCGUGCUGCCUGUGACUCUCUUCCAGGCGCAUCGUGAGCUCAUCAAGGACCAGAGGAGCAACGAGUUUGACAUCGGCCGUUAGCCCGUCUGUCUGUCGUAGUUGGAGUAAGGAUGGGAUAAACAAUGGAAUGAAAGUGAGGGAUAAGCUCGAUUGACUCGUUACGGUCAGCUGCCGUCCUGGUUGUCACGUCCUGCACCUGUGUGAAUGAUCUCGAUGUCCGGCAGUCUGAUCAGCCGCUCAAACGGCAGCCGACGAGCAUGAGCCCGCCUCGUCUCUGCCAGCCAGGAGCAGAACAUGCGCGAGAGCACCU